AUGAUGUACGUUGCGCAGUCGUAUGUCGAGAAUCCAGCACAAUCUACUGUAAGUGUGUCUGCAGAUUUACCUGCAGAUUUAGGGAUAUCAAGGCGUUGGACAGCACGAAUGAUGAAAAACCUUGGGUUGAAAGUGUACCGCCCACAUUUACUGCAGGCGUUAAAUGAAGAUGAUCCGGACCGUCGCCUCGAAUUUUGCGUGUGCCGUGUGGUAUUUGAUACGCACUGA